UGUAUAUUAAGGCGCCGGCGGGGUCGCGGCCUGAGGAGGCUUCGCGAGGACAAGGACAAACGGUUGGGUCGUCCCGUCGCCGUCUCAGCCGUGCAGAUCUUUCCUCAGGAACGAACACAUUUUCUGGAGAUGGAGACAGUAGUUCGCCGCUGCCCCUUCUUAUCUCGUGUCUCUCAAGCCUUUCUACAGAAGGCUGGCAAAUCACUGCUGUUCUAUGCCCAAAACUGCCCCAAGAUGAUGGAAGUUGGGGUCCAGCCAGUCCAGAGGGCCCUGUCCACUUCAGCAGUACAGGGCCAGCAGAUCAAAGAGACUCAUCCGACUAAAGACACUGACAAAACCACCAAAGCCAAGGAGCAGCCAGCUCCUGAGGGAUGCCAGCUGAGUGUAGACGGCCCACAGCUGCCGUCUGGGCACCCCUUGUCUGCCCCGAACCAGGGCUCUGUGAGCAGGUGCCCGUUCCUGGCAGCCCAGAUGAAGCAGCAGGGCAGCAGCGGCGUGUUUCGCAGAGCCAGCCUGGAGCUCCAAGAGGACGUGCAGGAAAUGCAUGCUGUGAGGAAAGAAGUUGAGCAAGCCUCCGUGAACACCGAUGUGGUCUCGGUGAAGAGUGAGGGAGAGGAUCCGAGUGGGCUGUUGAAGAACUUUCAAGAUCUGAUGCGAAAGCAAAGGCCGGAAAGAGUGUCUCACCUCCUCCAGGACAACUUGCCCAAGACCAUUUCCACUUUUCAGUAUGAUCGUUUCUUCGAGAAGAAAAUCGAUGAGAAAAAAAAUGACCACACCUAUCGGGUUUUUAAGACGGUGAACCGGAGGGCACACAUCUUCCCCAUGGCAGACGACUACUCGGAUUCCCUGAUUACCAAAAAGCAGGUGUCGGUGUGGUGCAGUAAUGAUUAUCUAGGCAUGAGCCGCCACCCACGGGUGUGUGGGGCAGUUCUGGAGACUUUGAAACAACAUGGUGCUGGAGCAGGUGGCACUCGGAAUAUUUCUGGAACAAGUAAGUUCCACGUGGACCUGGAGCAGGAGCUGGCCAACCUCCAUGGCAAAGACGCAGCCCUCUUGUUCUCCUCCUGCUUCGUGGCCAAUGAUUCUACCCUCUUCACCCUGGCCAAGAUGAUGCCAGGCUGCGAGAUUUACUCGGAUUCCGGGAACCAUGCCUCCAUGAUCCAAGGAAUCCGGAACAGCCGGGUGCCAAAGUACAUCUUCCGGCACAAUGACGUCAGCCAUCUCAGAGAACUGCUGCAGAGGUCCGACCCCUCGGUCCCCAAGAUCGUUGCGUUCGAGACUGUACACUCAAUGGAUGGCGCAGUGUGUCCCUUGGAAGAGCUGUGCGAUGUGGCCCAUGAGUUUGGAGCGAUCACCUUUGUGGAUGAGGUCCAUGCAGUGGGGCUGUACGGAGCUCGAGGUGGAGGAAUCGGCGACCGGGAUGGAGUUAUGCCAAAAAUGGACAUCAUUUCCGGAACGCUUGGCAAAGCGUUCGGCUGCGUGGGGGGGUACAUCGCCAGCACCUGCUCUCUGAUCGACACGGUGCGCUCGUACGCGGCUGGAUUCAUCUUCACCACGUCGCUGCCACCCAUGUUGCUGGCCGGAGCCCUGGAGUCCGUGCGGGUCCUGAAGAGCGCCGAGGGCCGGACACUACGCCGCCAACACCAGCGCAAUGUCAAACUCAUGAGGCAGAUGCUGAUGGACGCCGGCCUGCCGGUCAUCCACUGCCCCAGCCACAUCAUCCCCGUGCGGGUCGCCAACGCAGCUAAAAACACCCAAGUCUGUGAUGAGCUCAUGAGCAGGCAUAACAUCUAUGUCCAAGCCAUCAACUACCCCACGGUACCACGAGGAGAUGAGCUUCUGCGCAUCGCCCCUACACCCCACCACACACCGCAGAUGAUGAACUACUUCCUGGAGAACCUGCUGGCCACGUGGAAACGAGUAGGCCUGGAACUCAAGCCACAUUCCUCGGCCGAGUGCAACUUCUGCAGGAGACCAUUGCAUUUCGAAGUGAUGAGUGAACGAGAGAAAGCCUAUUUCUCAGGCAUGAGCAAGAUGGUAUCUGCCCAGGCCUGACCCUGACCUCCCCCCCACCCCCUUAUCCCACCUGACCCCAGGCCAUUAUCAUAUCCACACAGUCCCCACAGUUGUCUUUAUAUGUGAAUUAAAUUAUAUUAAAUUUUAAUCUAUAGUUAAUAACAUAGUCCUGGAAAUAAAUUCUUGUUUAAGUGA